GAGAAUCCCCCACCACACACCACACCAUCGCAGGAGACACACGCCGCAUCCCACAUCCAACGCCACCGCCGCCGCCGCCCCGCCGUCGGCGUCAUGCUCCACCUCCGGCAGCGCGUCCUCUCCCAUCUCCUCUCCGCCGCUCCCCAUCCUUCCACCUCCCCACUCCUCUCUCUCCACCGCCUCCUCUCCACCGCCCAGGCACUCAAGGCCUCCGCCAAGCUCUCCCACCUCAAGUCCCCGGCCAAGCCCGACGCCGUCCUCGCCUUCCUCGCCGACCUCGGCCUCUCCGGCGCCGAUGUCGCGGCCGUCGUCGCCAAGGAUCCGCAGUUCAUCUGCGCCGGCGUGGAGAGAACUCUGGCCCCUGUCGUCGCGGGGCUCACCGGCCUCGGCCUGUCAAAUGCUGAGAUUGCGCGCCUCGUCUCGCUCACCCCCGGCUACUUCCGCUGCAGAUCCGUCGUCUCCAAGCUAGAGUACUACCUUCCACUCUUCGGCUCCAUCGAGAACAUGGUCCGGCCGCUCAAACAUGACCACUUCUUCCUCCGCUCUGACCUCGAGAGGGUGGUCAAGCCAAAUGUCAAGCUCCUAGCAGAGUGCGGGCUAGGUGCUUGUGAUAUUGCCAAGCUGUUCAUCCGUACGUCAAGGAUGCUUAGCGCUAAACCAGGGCGUGUCCUGGCGAUGGUUGCGUGCGCCGAAGGUAUAGGUGUGCCCCGUGGCUCUGUAAUGUUCAGGCAAGCGCUGCACGCCGUCUCAUACAUCAGCGAGGACAAGAUCGCUGCCAAAGUGGACUACUUGAAGAAGACGUUUAGGUGGUCGGAUGCCGAGGUUGGCAUUGCUGUGUCCAAGGGGCCGUUUAUGCUGGCGAGGUCAAAGGACAUGCUGAAGCGCAGGUCCGACUUCCUUAUCUCUGAGGUGGGGUUGCAGCCGGCCUACAUUGCUCAUCGCCCGGCUAUGCUCACCUACAGCCUGGAGGGCCGGCUCAGGCCCCGCUACUAUGUUGUCAAAUUUCUCAAGGAAAAUGGAUUGCUAGAGCACGGGCGGGGCUACUAUACAACACUGGUUAAGACUGAGAAGGUUUUCAUGGAAAAGUUCAUCUGCCCACACAAGGAAGCCGCACCACACCUCGCUGAAGACUACGCGACUGCUUGCAAAGGGGAAGUGCCGGCUAGAUCCAGAUUUACAUGAACCAAGAAUGGGCUAUGAAAAUUGGUAAACCGUGUACGGUGCAACAAAGUUUUCAUUGUGCAGGAAGCUGGUAAUUCCUAUUUUGGUAUACUUUGCCUAACUGGAUGUUGGUUAUCUGCUCUGUUAGAUGCUGGUAUGGUCAUUGCCAACGCUUGAUGAAAUGAAACUGAUAAUUUCAAUCCUGAUAUGUUAGUGUUAUCAUUUAGUAGAGCAGAAACCAUGACUUGGUUGUGAACUUGUUCAUCCUCAUGCCAUUUUAUUUAUAACUUGGAACUAAGUGAGAGCAUGCCGUUCUGCAUUGUAUUAAAAUUUCUAUUUUGAAAUCUAAUGCAUUCUGGGCGAAGUUGGCUUGCA